UGCUGGCCCGGUAUAAAACCCUGUUCAAGGCUGGAGACCCACCAGAUAUACGCACUGUUAUACCAAGAGAGUGAGAGAGAAAGAGAGAGAGACGGAGACUCAGGAUCAGCAUAUCAUUGUCAAUCAAGUGGAAAAAUAAACGGGGCCACCGACAACUGCCUCCAUCUCCUACAACGACUGAUUGGAAUUAACUCUCGUGUGUUUCCAUCGGGGAUUUCAUUCACGAUUCUCCAAGAGGAUCCUUCUGCUGAGGAUUACUUUACACUGUAAAACUUCUCUUUUUACUGUCUAAACUCGUGCCGCGCAUGGGAAAAUAGAGGCGCAAGAAGACACAGGAGAAGUUCCACUUCACCUUUUCCCUCCUGCGCGUCAAGAGUUCACCUUGACUGUGACAUAACGGAAAGCUUUUAAAACUUUCUCCAUGAUUGUUUGAGCCGGGCGACACGGACCUGUGGAGCUUUCACUGCUUGUUGAAGGGCUGUCAACACAAUGGGACGCCUGUGUCUGCUCCUGGUUGUCACCCUCUCCCUACUCACCUGCCAGGUUUUGUGCUCCGGAGUGUUUGAGCUGAAGCUGCAGGAGUUCCUUAACAAGAAAGGGGUGACUGGAAACGCCAACUGCUGCCCCGGAGGCUCUGCUCAUCCGCAGGGCCAACACCAGCAGUGCGAGUGCAAGACUUUCUUUCGGGUUUGUCUGAAGCACUACCAGGCCAAUGUCUCCCCGGAGCCUCCCUGCACCUACGGCGGUGCUGUGACUCCCGUCCUCGGCUCCAACUCCUUCCAGGUGCCGGAGACCAACGCCGACACCUUCACCAACCCAAUCCAUUUCCCUUUCGGCUUCACAUGGCCGGGGACGUUUUCACUGAUCAUUGAAGCUCUGCACACUGACUCCCUGGACGACCUGACAACAGACAACCCAGAGCGUCUGAUCAGCAGGAUCACCACUCAGCGUCACCUCACUGUUGGAGAAGAGUGGUCCAAGGACAUCCAGACAUCUGGCAGAACUGAGCUGCGUUACUCCUACCGCUUCCUGUGUGACGAGCACUACUACGGCGACGGCUGCUCUGUCUUCUGCCGGCCAAGAGAUGAUGCUUUUGGGCACUUCACCUGCGGCGAGCGCGGGGAGAUCAUAUGCAACUCUGGCUGGAAGGGACAAUAUUGCACUGAACCAAUCUGUCUCCCUGGCUGUGAUGAAGAACACGGCUUCUGUGACAAACCUGGAGAGUGCAAGUGUCGCGUGGGCUUCAGUGGGCGUUACUGUGAUGACUGUAUCCGUUACCCAGGCUGCCUCCAUGGCACCUGCCAACAGCCCUGGCAGUGUAACUGCCAGGAGGGAUGGGGUGGGCUUUUCUGCAACCAGGAUCUGAACUACUGUACACACCAUAAGCCCUGUCUUAACGGAGCCACCUGUACCAACACCGGUCAAGGCAGCUACACUUGCUCCUGUCUGCCUGGGUACACGGGUGCCAGCUGUGAGAUCCAGGUCAAUGAAUGUUCUGGAAACCCGUGUCGCAACGGAGGCAGCUGCACUGACAACAAUGACGGCUAUAAGUGCACCUGUCCACCUGGUUUCUAUGGCAACAACUGUGAGUUAAGCGCCAACACCUGUGCAGAUGGCCCUUGCUUCAAUGGUGGGCGUUGUACCGACAACCCCGAAGGUGGCUAUUUCUGUCAGUGCCCGAGUGGAUACGCUGGCUUCAACUGCGAGAAGAAAAUCGACCACUGCUCCUCCAACCCCUGUUUAAACGAUGCAGAAUGUGUGGACCUGGUGAACUCCUACCUCUGUCAGUGUCCUGAGGGAUUUUCAGGUCCUAACUGUGAGGACAGCAGCAGUAUUUCUGGAUACUGUCUGUCGUUCCCUUGUCAGAACGGUGGGACGUGUCAAGAAGGAGUAAACGGCUACACCUGUACCUGCCCCCCAGGAUAUACUGGAGAGAACUGCAGCACCCCCAUCUCCCGCUGCCAUCACAACCCCUGUCACAAUGGAGCCACCUGCCACGAGCGUGGCGGUCGCUAUGUGUGCGCCUGUGUGCCUGGCUAUGGUGGUCACAACUGCCAGUUCCUCUUACCAGUGGCGGACGGAUAUUCUUCCCCUGAACUUGGAACCGUUGAAGACAAGGAGGAUGACGACAGCGGAUUCCCCUGGACGGCUGUUUGCGCCGGCGUUUUCCUUGUUCUUGUGAUUCUGAUCGGCUGCUCAGUGCUGGUGGUCUACGUUCGUGUCAAACUGCAGGACCGGCACAGUCACCAUGGUGACAGUGUCCACAGUGACAGUCACGAGACCAUGAACAACCUGACGACCACCAACAAUUGUCUCCGCAGUGACAAGGAACUGGGCACUAUGAUGACAACGUCAAUUAAAAACACCAAUAAGAAGGUGGAUUACCAUUCAGACCUCACUGGGUCACUGGGUGGUCUGAGUGGAAUCAGCGGGCUCAACGGAUCAGAGAAGAACGGCUUUAAGACUCGCUACCCCAGCGUAGAGUACAACCUGGUUCAUGAGCUCCGGCCUGAGGAGCUGUCGCUGUGUAAAGAAGAGGAGCGUGUUGAGCCAGAGGUUAAAUGUGAAAUGUUGGAUGAGUCAGACUCAGAUUCAGAAGAAGAAUACAGGAAGAGACAAAACAGCAAUGCAUCAGAAAAGAAACAAGUAGAAGAGUCACCAAGCUGCAGCGAAGCAAAGUACCACUCAUCCAGCGAGUUGAACUAUCAAGCAGCAAGUGACCUUAAAUACCAGUCAACCAGUGAUGUUGAAUACCACAGUCCCAGUGACAGCCGGUACCAGUGUACCACCGACACCAAAUAUCAGUCCGUCUACGUCAUGUCGGACCAAAAAGAUGAAUGUAUCAUCGCUACAGAGGUAUGAUACCAAUCCAGACCACAUCAAAUCGGACCAGUUUCCUCUGGUGGAUGGCGGUCCCACACACUCUAACCCUGAGCAGUAGAGCUCAGCUUGUCUCCAGGAGGUUUUACUCCUGCUGUUUGCUGCUGUUCCCUGGGAUUUACCGGAGGACUUUGAGCCAAGGUGCUACUGAGCCAGAGCGGAGUCAGUACCGACUUGGCAAGGACUUAGUACUACAGUAGUACUAUGGGUGAUUUUUGACCUUCGAUGGAUGUAGGUUUAAUGCUGACUCAGUGCUACGGAUGACGUACCAGAAGACAGUGCUAGCACUAGUACAAACUUUGUACAGAAACAGUGCUGACUGAUUACUCUUGCAGUCAAAUGGUGACUGCAGUAUAACUGAUGAAGAGCUCGUCUGAUGUCUGUCGCAGUCGAAGAAGAUUUACUGCUCGUACCAAGAUGAACUCUUCUCUCCUGAUAAAACUACGGAGUAUUGACUUGGAUGUUGACCGAUGAUAUUGUAGUACCUUUGGAGUACUGAUUGAAUGAACAGUGUAGUACCUUUGGAGUACUGAGAACUUUUCAAGUACUGUUGUAGUACUGUUAUGUGCUGUGGUUUUAAAAUGCAGUGUAAAAGCUGUCAUGGAUAUUGGACAGUUCAUGUCCUGUGCAGUGCUGCAGAGUAAAAGGUGAAGUACUAGCAACAGUAGAAGUCCCUGUACUUUGUUAGUACUGCAGCUGCUAUUGUAGUCUAUUUAUUUUUAACAUUUCAUUCAAGAAAAUUCAACCGGAAGACAAAAUUAAGAACAGCGGGACUUUAACUGCAGCUGUACAUCCUUAACUCUGCAGCACUGACAGAGACUGUGUUGGCUGAGCUGGUUCUCAGCAGAAAAUAGAGAACUGAAGACUCCAGUAGUGACUGCAGAUCGAUCCAACAUGGAUCCUGUUGGGCCAUACUGGCUCCCUGACCCCUGAAGGUUGUGAUACACAGGGCAAUGUU